AUUUAAUUUAGUGUUCAGACCGAUUUUCAACUUUUCAUCACAAAAUCUGCAAGCGAAGGUUCAUUACUUUAUAUAUAAAUUGUUGUGAAUCACUGGGCAUCGGAAUUAGGUUGCGCAUUAUUUUUGAUUUUUGUCAUAUGGGUCAAGAACUUUGGAUUUUAUGUUGGAUUCGCUUGCGGUGUCGAGUGAGAAAUGAGCUAUAUUCAGGCAACAAAAUAAUAACGUGAUAAAUUACAUUUUCCUGUUGCCACUCUCUGAUAAGAUAACACGAGUAAUGUUGUACCCGGACAAUUAUUAGUCAUUGUUAGUCGCAAUGGGAGGCAAGUCGAGUAGGCAUUACGGUUUAACCGAUGAGAAAUUAAUAGAGUACACGGAGUUAACAUACUUAACGCGAACGGAAAUCCUGCACCUCCUGAAGCUGUUUGUAGAUAUUGAUGAUAUAGAUAUUGAGUAUCAUAGAAUUGCAUUUGGAGAAAUUAUUAGUAGGUUUCCACAACUAGAGCAUAAUCCAUUUAGAAGCCGUAUUCGCAGGGUAUUUUCCUCCAAGAAGGAUGAUUGCUUCUCUUUCGAGGAUCUGUUAGAUUAUGCUUCGGCAAUGUCCGAUAGAUGUCCAUCCACGGUCAAAUCAGCCUGGGCUUUCAAACUCUACGAUUUUGACGAAGAUGGACAGCUCGGUCUGGACGACAUCGUUCAUGUUAUAAAGGCUCUCACCGAAUACAGAACUACAACAGAAUCGCGUAUAGACGUGAAUCAAAUAGCGCAGAUUGUAUAAAUAAACUAAUGCAACAAAUUAUAUUUAGUCAAUUUCAGUAGUAUAGUGAUGCUCUGCGAUUCCACAAUUUCUUCUGACUGUGAAUCUGCUGCUCCAUCUGUAAUGAAGGAUGGUCCCAUUGGUACAAGCAUCGAGAGGGCUCAUAAAGGGCCUGGCUUGACCUGGAUUUGAACCUGUGCCCACUAGAUCGUGGGUAGGGCGACAUAACUAUUCGACUAUUAGUCGUCCUAUCUUUACAAUUAAAUCUAUUUCUAUAAUUAUCCUACGAUGCUACUUAUAUCUUAUAUUCCUACCAAAUAAUUUAAGUAAUAUAUUAUAUAAAAAAUA